UUAAAUAGUGAAAUAAAAUACUCAAUGUUUGUUUGAUUAAGAUGUUAAAUAUUUUAAUCUCUAUCUGUAGUUGAUCUCUGUACAUCUUGAAUACUUAUUUAGUAAUUUAUUCCUGUGACGAAGCAAACUCUUGAAUCAGUGUUUGUUGAAAAUUUAUCAUAUAAAAGUUGUACCUCUACUGGAUUUGAUAAAAAAAUCAUCUAAUUGCUCUUCACGGAUCUGUUUACCACUAUAUUGGUCAAUCAAGUUUUGGGUUUAUUGUUGUUAAUAAUUGUGACUUAAUUGUAGAUAUUGAAAAAAACACUGAUUGUGGAUUAUAUUCAUUCAAAUGGCGGAGAGUCUAAUAAAUAAUCUGCCUACUCGUUACUUUUGCCAUAAAUGUAACCAAGAAAUCAAUCCCGUAUUACCAGAAUUUAAAUGCCCAGGAUGUAGAGAAGGAUUUAUUGAAGAGUUAACCAGUGAUGCAAACCUAGACAUCAGUAGUGAUGAUUCUGAACACUUAGAAAAUUAUGAAAGGUUUGAGGAUACUCGAGCUGGAGAAAUUUUACGGGUUCUUCAAUUAUUUUCUGGGGAUCAACAAGCCAAUCAAAGAGGUAAUCGAGGGCGUGGAAUGUUUGAAAUGGCCAUACCUUAUCUUCAAAUUCUUCAUGGAAAUCCUGGUGAUUAUGCCUGGGGCUCACAAGGUCUUGAUACUAUCAUUACACAGCUCUUGAAUACGAUAGAAAAUAAUGGUCCUCCACCUAUGCCUAAAGAAGAAAUUGAAAAAUUGCCUACUGUUAACAUUUGUCAAGAUAAUGUGGAUAAAAAUCUUCAGUGUACAGUAUGCAUGGAGGACUAUAAAUUAGAUGAACCCGUUAGAGUGUUACCAUGUAAUCACGUUUACCACAAUGAUUGUAUUGUUCCAUGGUUAGAAAUGCAUGGAACAUGUCCUAUCUGUCGUAAGCUUCUGAACGAAAACCAACCGAGUCAACGUGAAAGUCGAAGCUCUCUUCAAAACAAUAAUCAACAAACAACAUCACAGCAACAACCGGUUAAUCAAAGAUCAUCAUCAAGUAGUAGCAACCAGACUAAUCAUCCUUCGGGUUACCGUGAUUUAUUGGAUUAUGAUUUACCAAGUUUAGAGGAUCUUUAUUCUGGAUUUAAUGAUUUUAAUCCUGCUCUAGAUUCAAAGGCUUUACAAUAUGAUGAAGAUUUCCAGCAAACCGUUCUUAAAAGUAGCUAUGGAAGGCGAGGUAACACUGGUUACAGGACAAGUGGAGCCUCGCGUAUGGGAACAGCUGGUUACAAUCGUGGUACUCUUUUAUCAUCUCGUCGUAAAUCAUCAGCCUCAAGCAUAAAUCAACAACAGCAAGCUCCAUCAACAGCACGUCCAAUGACAGCAGUUCGUGGUGCUGGUUAUACCUCAUACCAUAAAAGUCCAUCAGGAUCAGCUGUGUUUGAUCCAUUGAGUCAAUCUAAGUCAACAUCGUCUUCACCGUUUGUCAGUAAAGAUGAAAGUUCACCCCAAGCAAAGAUUAAAUUAUUAGAGAAGAAAGUUAAUGAUCUUUUGGAGGAAUCAAUUGAAGCAUCCUAUCGAGGUGAAUAUAAAUUGGCUCUGGACAAGGCUAAACAAGCAAUAACCAAGGAAAAGUCACUUUCAAGGCAAAAGGAGCAACUUGAUUCACCCUUGCAUCCAGUUGCGUCUGAGUUAACAUUUGCUGUUCUCUUCAAUCUUGGUAUUCAGUUCACUCGAAAUGAAAUGUUUUCAGAUGCUAUCAGUACCUUCACCAAAUUAACCAAAAGUUCAAGAACAUAUGUCAAUUCAGGUCGUCUUAAACUUAACAUUGGUACCAUUUUGUAUCGCCAAGGUAAUUAUCCUGAAGCGAUUAAAUUAUUUAGAAAAGCUUUGGAUCAAAUUCCGACUGAUCAAAGGCAUACAAGAAUGCGAGUUAUGCGAAACAUUGGUCUAUCGUCUGUUAAACUUAAUCAAUAUUCUGAUGCGAUAACAUCAUUUGGAUACAUAAUGUCUGAAAAGGGUGACUUUCGUGAUGCACUUCAUCUAAUUGUUUGCCAUUAUGCCAUUGGAGAUAAAGAGAACAUGAAGAAAGCAUUCCUCAAACUAUUGGAAACAUAUGAUGUUAACUUUUCCUCUGAUCGGUAUGAGAUGAUUACCGAUGACGAUGAUACACUGGCAACUCUAAUACUGGAAGCAAUCAAAGUAGAUUCACUUCGUAAAUGGGAACGAGAGCGUAAACAAGAGCGAGAUUGGUGUAUCUUGUUAGCCUCACAAUUAAUCUCUCCAGUAAUUGGGGAAACUUUCACUCAAGGCUAUGAAUGGUGUGUUGAUGCUAUUAGAUCAGCUGGUUGUGGGGACAUUGGUGAUGAUAUAGAGAUCAACAAAGCUGUGAAGCAUUUGAAGAGACGUGAAUUCACUGAAGCCAUUGGGACACUCAAGACGUUUGAGAAGAAGGAAGGAAAAGCAGCAUCAACAGCGGCAACUAAUUUAUCAUUUUUAUAUCUUUUACAAAAUGAGCUUGAAACUGCUGAUCGAUAUGCUGAUAUAGCGAUUGACACUGAUAGAUUCAAUUCCAGUGCUCUGGUAAACAAGGGCAAUUGCUGCAGCAAGUUAGGUGAUUAUGAACGAGCAAGUCAAUUCUAUAAGGAAGCUUUGGCCAAUGAAUCGUCCUGUAUUGAAGCUCUUUAUAAUCUAGCUCUGGCAAACAAGAAAUUAACUCGAUUUGAUGUAGCCUUAAACUGUCUUCUCAAGAUUAAUAGUAUCAUCCCUAACCAUCCAAAUGUCAUUUACCAAGUUGCUCACAUCUACGAGUUGAUGGGCAAUAAGGACUCUGCCAUGGAUUGGUUUCAACUAUUAAUAACAUUCGUACCGUCUGAUCCAACAAUCCUUAACCGUAUGAGUGAUAUUGCAGCUAAAGAAGCCGAUCAACAUUCAUCAUUUUCAUACAUUAAUGAUAGCUAUCGCUAUUUUCCGUCCCAUAUACCAACAAUCGAAAGGCUGGCUGGUUAUUAUAUUGAGACACAGGUUUAUGAAAAGGCAAUACGUUACUUAGAGAAAGCAGCUGCAGUUCAGCCUAAUCAAGUUAAAUGGUAUCUCUUGAUAGCUGUUUGUUACCGACGCAGUGGGAAUUACCAGCAAGCAUUACAAUGUUACAAAAUGAUUCAUCGUAAAUUUCCUGAUAACAUUGAAUGUGUCAAAUUCUUGGUCCGUAUUUGUAAUGAUCUGGGUUUACCUGAAUACAAUGAAUAUUCUGAGAAACUGAAAAAAAUGGAGAAAGCAAGAGAGUCCAGGGAACGUAAAUCACAAAGUGGCCGAUCUCAGAGAAGUGGCUCAAGAGCUUCCUCAACAAAUAGAACCUCGGCUGAGAGCUCAAGAGGAGACUCGGCAAGCAGCAAUAGUUCAGGCUAUGUCACAUCAGUUUCAAUGAACUCCAAGAAUGGAAGUAAAAAGAAAUCAAUUUUUGAUUUAAUUGAAAAUAAGGGCAAAUAUGAUGAUGCCUUUGCUCUUGACGAUGACACUCUAAAUGGAGCACUACAACGACCAACAACUUCUUGGAGGAAGAGGAAUGAAGAUGACGAAUUUACCAAUGAUGAAAUUGUAGACAUUUUACCUGAAUAACUAUUCAAUAUUCAUUGAAUAGCAGACAAAGAUACGCACCAACAAUGUCAACAGACUCAUAUAAUUCCAAUUGUUAAACUUGUUACACCACUCAAUCGAUUGAUAAUGUUUUGUUUUAAUCUGUCAAGGAAACAAGUUAUGUUGUUAUGACCAAACAUCUAUUGAAAUUAGUUGCUAUUAAUUGACAAUAGUUUUAACUAACUGCAGAACUACCUAAAUCAAUAAAAACUGUUAACAUCAUUAA